CCACAGCCUGCCCCACGCCAGGUCGGCUUUCCUGACCCCGGAGCAGCUGGGAGGGAUCCAGUUCGACCUGCAGCUGCUGUGGAGCGCUCAGACCUUCGACUCGCCCUCCCAGCUCUGGAGAGCGACCAGCUCCUACAACAGGAAGGACUACUCCGGCGAGCACAGCAUCUCUUCUAGAAGAGGCGCACUGCCGGACCGCAUCCUCACUAACAGGGAGGGGCUGGAUGAAGCGGUAAAGGUUGAGGGCUGCCUUGGCUGCAGCGCCCAUGAGAUGGUGGAGUUCAGGAUCUCGUGUGGCCGGAGCAGGACAGAAGCAGAAUUGCAACCCUGGAUUUCAGCAAGGCAAACUUUGGCCUUUUCAGGCAAUCGCUGGGGGAAAUCCCAGGGGCAAGUCUGCUUGAAGGUAAAGGGGCCCAAGAUAGUUGGUUAGUGUUCAGGGACUGUUUCUACCGGGCGCAAGAUGAGAGCGUCCCGACACGUAGGAAGCCAAGGAAGGGAGCCAGGAGCCCUGCGUGGCUAAACAGGAACUGCUGGGUAAGCUCAAGUGGAAGAGAAGAGUUUCUAGAUCAUGGAAGGAGGGGCUGGCCACUUGGGGAGAACGUCAGGCUGUUGUCAGAGGGCGUAGGGAGGCAACUAGGAAAGCUGAGGCCUCCUUAGAAUUACACCUGGCGAGAGGGGUCAAGGACAACAGGAAGAGCUUUUUCCAAUGGGUAGCAGAUAAAACUGACAGCAGAGGCAAUGUAGGCCCACUGAGGAACGGGGUGGGUGCCCUGGUGACAGAAGAUCCAGAGAAGGCAGAGUUACUGAAUGCUUCUCUGUCUCUGCCUGCCCUGCCAGCGGCUGUCCUGAGGAUCCCGCACCGCUGAGGCCCCAGAGGAGGGCAGGACAGUGGAGCAGUCUGCCUGGUUGAUGAGGACCGGCUUAGGGAGCAGCUGGCAGUCAUCCAUAAAUCCAGGGGUCUGGACGGGAUGCACCCGCGGGUGCUGAGGGAGCUGCCUGAGGCCAUUGCUGGACCGCUCUCCAUCAUCUUUGCCGAGUCUUGGGAAGCGGGAGAGGUGCCUGAGGGCUGGAGGAAAGCAAAUGUCGUCCCUCCUUGAGGGAGUGCGGUCUGGAUGAGCGGGCGGUGAGGUGGACUGGGAACUGGCUGAAGGGAAGAAGCCAGAGAGUCGUGGUCAAUGGGGCAGAGUCCAGCUGAAGCCUGUAUCCAGUGCAGUGCCUCAGGGGGCAGUGCUGGGGCCGGGACUGUUCAAUAUAUUCAUCAAUGAUUUGGACGAGGGAACAGAGUGACUGUCAGCAAGUUUGCUGAUGACACCGAGCCGGGAGGAGUGGUGACACUGGAAGCUGUGCUGCCAUCAGAGACCUGGACAGGCUGGAGAGGUGGGCAGGGAAAAAGGUUCUUGAUCCCCAUCGCCUUCCAGCAGACAAACCGCCCGGUUCCUGUCGUCUGCUCCCUGAACACGGAGUUCCAGCUCUGCAACAACGAGAAGGUGUUUCUGAUGGAUGCCACCAAACCCGGAAUGUCCCUGGCAGAAAUGGAUUACAAAGGGGCUUUUUCAAAGGGGCAAAUCCUUUACGGCCGCGUGCUCUGGAACCCCGGACAGAACCUGAACGCCGCCUACGAGCUGCAGCUGGAAAAGGUCUAUCUGUGCACGGGCAAGGACGGGCACGUGCCUUUCUUCGACCCGACCGGCACCGUCUAUAACGAGGGGCCCCGGUACGGCUGCAUCCAGCCCAACAAGCACCUGAAGCACCGAUUCCUGCUCUUGGACCGAACGCAGCCCGAGGUGACCGAUCAGUAUUUCCACGACGUGCCUCUCGACGCCCACUUCGCUUCCGACCUGGCCGAGUUCCACUCCGUCAGCAGCGCGCCCGGAGGCGACGGCUUCACGCUCAGGGUGGACGCUCUCUACAAGGUCCGUGCCCAGGGGGUCGGGGGCCCCAAAACUCCCGUCUCUGCCCGGGACGUCCCGGGUUCACUGGGUGAAUGGCGGGCGCCGGGCCCGACGCCGCGCAGAGACACCGAAUCCGCGCUGGGGAGGCUCUGGCAGGAUUUUAUAUCCCGAUUUCCCCAGACGGGCCGUAUUUGUCCCCCAGUGGCCUGUGUCUGUUGUACCGUAAAUGAACAGCGGAGCCAGGUACCAAACAAACUCUAGCACGGGAAAGAGAGGUGAGGAAUUUAUUGUGGUGAUGAAGGCGGUUUGUUCUUUGAAAGCAGUCGGGAAAGGAGCUCCUUAGCACCAGUUUAUGAACGUUCCUGAGUUGAUUACUGCAGUUGCCAAAGACAGAUGAGAAGGCUGAACACCCCACUUGGUGAUGACCCCCAUUGCGGGGGCUCCCAAACCACCCCGAGCUGCUCUGUUGGUGUUUGCAGGAGCCAGUGAAGGGGCAGCGGCUGAACGGGGGAGUCAAAGCGCAGAACGCUCUGCAGGACCGGACGGAAGUUUAACGCAGCACCUGCUUUGUGUUGGUGAGAAACGCCUUUCAUGAAUUGUGAAAAAAAUAGACGACUUUAUAAAAAGGAGCUGCAGGUGCCUGCGGGCAGGUCCCGGACAGAGGCAGCGGCGGGCAAGGGUUAAAACCUACAAUGGCCUCAAUAAAGGGGUGGUGGAAAGUGGCCGCAUGUCGCCGUGGUCCUUACGGGUCCCUCUCGUCCCCAGCCCGGGGCGGGGGGGUCAGGCCGAGCCGUGCCCUGAGCUCCCCCGGCCCAUCCCACACCAGCGACUGUUCCCAGACACCUUGCCCCCCCCUCCCCGAUGCGGGGACCCGGGUUCUCGCCGCCAGCUCCAGCUCCAGCCUGUGCAGCUUCAAGCCUGUUUGCGGUUCCAGCUCCUCUGCAGCUGCUUCUGGUUCCAGUUGUUCUGCAGCUCCAGCUCGUUGUGCUUGUUCCACUGAGCUUGGCCUUGGGCCAGAUUGUAAAUCAAUCACUGUCACAAGCUGCCUAGGAAUAUGACACAUGAAUAAAUAUGAACCAAUUAUCUAAUAA